CGUUGAUGUAAACAAAUUUUAAUCUGAUUUUAGAUUUUUAAAUUAAAUCAUAGUUUUAUUUAAUAUAUUUUUAUCAUAACUUUAUAUUUAAAAAAGGCUAAAUGAAUUGAUAACAUGGAAAUAUUUAUGGCUAAUACACAAUAAGCAUUAUUCAAGAAAUACAAUGAGUUCACAAAAUAAUAGUAUUCCUUCUAUCUCUACCUUACCUCAGGCAAUAAGAAUUGUUAAUUUAGACUCAUAUAUGGCUAGUCCCAUUCCAGGAUUAGAUGUAGUGUACUCAGAAUUUAGAGGAUAUCUAGUUAGUCAAGUGCCUGUUUUAAGAUUAUUUGGAUCUAUCCCCACAGGUGAAAAAAUUUGUGUACAUAUUCAUGGAGUUUUCCCAUACAUUUAUAUUCCUUAUGAUGGUUCACAAGAUGCUAACAGUUUAAUGUAUAAAAUAGCAGCUUCUAUUGAUAAAGCGGUCAACAUAUCUUUAAAUCAAGCCACCUCAACCAUGCAACAUGUUUACAAAAUAUCUUUAGUAUCAGGAAUACCAAUGUAUGGGUACCAUUCAAAAGAACAUCAGUUUUUCAAAAUCUAUCUUUACAAUCCUUUGCUCGUAAGAAAAGUUACCAGUUUGGUAAUGAAUCCAAGUACACUGGGCAACAUAUACCAAGCUCACGAGGCCCAUCUAAAUUUUACUUUACAAUUUAUGAUGGACUAUAAUCUGCAUGGUAUGAGUAACAUGAAUCUAUCCAAAUUAAAGUACAGAAGAGGGCUUGAUACAGACAGUGAUCAAGUUGUUGUUAGUGAGGAGUUAUAUCUUCCAGAAAGUGUGAAAAGGAUAACUGUUUGUGAAUUAGAAGGUGAUUGUUUUGCGGAAGAUAUACUGAAUAGAUUAGAAAUAGCGUCUGGUAAGAUAGCAGCCAAUCCUGGAAUAGCAGCCAUAUGGGAAGAUGAGAAACAAAGACGACGAAAUAAUGGAAUGAAUUCACAAAUAGACCAUUUAUUGGAAUUACAACAUGUUAAUCUUCCACCAACCAAAUCCCACUUGAUAUACAAACAGGCUUUAGGAGACAGAUUAGCUGUAUUUUCUUCAGAAAAAAAUGUAGUGGAUAAACUAAAUUCUUCAGUGUAUCCUGCGGAAACUCAAAGUUCUAGUAAAAUUAAAAGUGCUUCAAUGGUGGAAUCACAAACACCGUCUAGCUCAGAAGACACAUCUAUAUCUUCUUCUAGUGGUUUAGAUGACACACUGGUACCUAAAGAUACGACCAUGUUAAACGUAAGUCUAGAUGAAGAAGCGCAACAACUAUAUAAUGCCUUAAAUCAACUAGGACCACAAAGUUCUAUUAAUGAUAGAAGGAUGUCACUGGUGGAAUCCCAGACAUCCUUUUGUUUAAAUGAGACCUCUGCAUCUUCUAAUGAUUUAGAUGAGACAAUAAUACCUAAAGAUCCAACCAAAUUAAACAUAAGUCUAGAUGAAGAAGCUAAAGAAUUGUAUAAGGUUUUAAAUGAAUUAGGUGAAAAUGUCAAAGAACUGGAAGAUGAUUCCAUUCUAACUACAAUAUCUCAGAAGAAUGAAGACGAUGAGGAAGAAAACGAAUUAGAUUUUAGUUUAUCUUUGGAAUGUGCCACGACUCCGAUGAAAGUUAUACCAGAAAAACAGGAGAGCGAAGGAAGUGAUGAUGAUUUGUGGAAUACCACACUCGUUCCACAAUUAGAUGGUGGUUACGAUGGAGCAGAUGAUCCAGACGAAUGUACCGCGGCUAAAUCUCACUCCCUAGACUUUAGAGAACAUACUUUAGUUUUGGAUGAAGUAAAGUGCCUUAAUAGCCAUAAAGCGAUGGAUGAUUUUUGUUUUAAUGACUGUGAUAACAAUUUUAUUGGAAAUACUUGUGAUAUAGGAGCAGAACAAGAUUUAAAACCCAGAAUUAAAAGUCAAAAUUUUUCAGAUGUCAAGAAUAGACGAAAACGAAGAUAUUCAUGUGUUUCGAACAAGCAUGUGGAUUUUCCUUAUUUUCUAGAUGGAAAUUACGACAGUGAGUCUUCAGAAGAAGAAAAAGAGAGACCUAUAUCUGAACGAAGGAGUAAAACACCUAAAAUAGAUUCUAGGUAUAAAGCAUUACCAAUAUCUGUUCAAAAAUCCCCAAAAUCUGUUUUAAAAAGUUCUAAAUUAGCUAUCCAUAACCCGAAAAUAAAAAUAGAAAAGGACCAAAAGACACCUCGUUCAAUAUCUAAAAGAAGAAAAAGGUCAGCAUCGGAUAUUACUGUAAAGCGCCAACUGUUUGACCAGGAACCAAAAUUGGAUCUACAUUCAACAAUUGUUGAAGAAAAGCUAGUUUGUACCUAUUUAAAAAACGAAAGUGUUUCAACAAAAAAUAUUUCAGUUCUUGUGGAAGAAAAUUCUAUAAAAGAUCCAAUUCAUGACGAAAUUAAUCAGGAUUCCACUUCAAAUUUAAAAAACGAAAGCAUUUCAACAAAAAAUAUUUCAGCUCCUGUGGAAGAAAACUCUAUAAAAGAUUUAACUCAUGACGAAUCUAGUAGCGAUUCCACUUCAAAUUCGGGUACAAUUUUUAGUACAGAUAAUGAUGAACACGAGAAAUCUUUCUUUAACACGGAAAUAGAGAACUUGCCAAACAUGUUAGCUUCAGAAAUAUAUGAUAAAGAAACAAAUUACGUUGCUAAAGAAGGUUGUUCAAAAUAUCUAACGCCAUAUUCUUCUCAAAAAACUUCUCAAGAAAAAUAUAAUUCGUCAGGGAGUUCCAGUUCUGAUUUGUUAACACCGUAUCAACAGGUUCAGAAAGAUUCAUGUAAUUUAAAUACUAUAACCGAAGAAGAAGCAACAAAACCGGGAAUUAAUAUUGAAUCUACAAAAGUUAGUCAGUUAAAUAUCGAAAUAGGGGAAAGAACUCAAAAAUCUUCCCAAGAAAAAUAUAAUUCGUCAGGGAGCUCCAGUUCUGAUUUGUUAACACCAUAUCAACAGAUUCAGAAACAUUCAUAUGAUUUAAAUACUAUAAUUGAAGAAGAUGCAAUAAAACCAGAAAUUAAUACUGAAUCUACAAAAGAUAGUCAGCUAAAUAUUGAAAUAAUGGAAAGAACUUUGAUAAAUAAUUCGGAACUAGUAUUGAUUACUCCAAAAAUUAGACCACCCAAUAAAACUGAAGUUUUGAAUUCCUUAGAUUUGUACAAAAUUCCUCAUGUCCAGGUUGAAGAACCGUUUUACAGUAAUGCUGAAGACGUAACAUCAAGUGUUGAAGUUGGAUUUAAUGUGUUAAAAGUUAACAGUAAGGCUGCUAGUCACUUACCAGAAUUUGAAACCGCAACUGAUAGUUUAAAUAUCCUUAGGAGAAGUGAACUAGCACAAUUACCGUCCAAUGUAAAGUUCAAUAAAGCAAAUAUGAAUAGUGUGAUACUAAGUCAUUGUAAAAAUACACAUAGUGUAAUAACACCAGUACAAAAACCGCCCAGUUUAAAAUUCAUUAAGGAUUGGAUCGAACAAAAGUCUAAACGUUCUUGUGUAACGGAAAAUCCCAAACAAAAAGUUAAGAUUUAUGUACCGUUAAGUCCUGGAGGAGCAAAUAGUGACAAUGAAAUGGAUUUGACGUUGACCUUGUCUCCUGUAACGCCGAAAGAUUCAUCAUCUAGCCAAAGUAGUACAAAUAGCACUCCAAAAUCGUCAAAACCCUCAGAUAAAACUAGUCCUACGUUUAGAGAAAAUUACAAAAAGAGGAGGAAAGAAAUCAGAAAUCGGGUUCUUACAAGAUCCGUGAGGAAGUCGUUAUCAUUAACCGAGGAUACAUCUGUAAAUUAUUCUGGUCAAAUAACAGGCAUCAAUGUAGAUAAUAGUAUAAAUAACUCGGCACACAAUUUGCAAAAUGCUAGAGCAGUAAUCGAACACCAAAACCUGACUGUAAUGGUUAUGGAGUUGCAUAUACGCACUAGAGGUGAUUACAAACCAGACCCAGCUUAUGACUCUAUAAGAGCCAUAUUUUAUUCAAUAUUACACGACGUACCUGAGAAUAAACUAAAGGAACGCCAAUGUAAAGGCAUCAUAGCUGUUAACAACAUUAUAACAAGUCCUACAAGUAGUAAUAAAGUACCAGUUUUGGACGGUGUAGGCUUUACCUGUGCCUUAACGUAUGUAGACUCAGAAGAAAAUUUGAUGAAAGAAUUUUUAAAAGUAAUUGAAUAUUGGGACCCGGAUAUCUUUGCGGGUUACGAAUUAGAGUUGUUGUCCUGGGGAUAUCUAAUAGACAGAGGAUACACGCUAAAUAUGAACCUUAAACCGCUUUUGGGCAGAACAAGAGAUAACUACACAAAACCAAGGCAAGAUGAAUCUGAACUUUCUGAACUCCGUUUGGUGGGAAGAAUUGUUUUAGACGUUUGGAGGCUUAUGAGAUACGAGAUUGCUUUACAGAGUUAUACUUUCGAAUCUAUAUCUUAUCAUAUAUUGCACAAAAGAUUCCCUUACUAUUCCUUCAAAGACCUAUCCUUUUGGUGGGAGCACAGGACGCAGCUAUAUAGACAUAAAACUGUGAAGUAUUAUUUAACAAAAGUUGUUAUGAUUUUGGAGUUAUUCGAUAAAUUGGAUUUUUUGGGAAGAACAAGUGAAUUGGCAAGGUUAUUUGGCAUACAGUUUUAUGAAGUUUUGUCCAGAGGUAGCCAAUUUCGAGUUGAGUCGAUGAUGCUGAGAUUGGCAAAACCUUUAAAUUUUAUACCAGUAUCUCCUAGUGUUCAACAAAGGGCACAUAUGAAAGCUCCAGAGUAUAUAGCGUUGGUGAUGGAACCCGAAUCGAAACUUUAUACUGAUCCAGUAAUAGUUUUGGAUUUCCAGAGCCUUUAUCCGUCAAUAAUUAUUGCUUAUAAUUACUGUUUUACUACAUGCCUGGGACGAGUGGAGAAUCUUGGAAAAAGUGGACCCUUCACGUUUGGAGCUACGCAGUUGAAAGUUUCUAGAAGUCGUUUAAAAAAACUGCUAGAAAGGAAUCAAAUAAAUUUUUCACCCUGUGGAGCGGCAUUUGUUAAAAAAGAAGUGAGAGACGGUGUUAUGCCAAGAAUGUUGCGUGAAAUAUUAGAUACCAGAUUAAUGGUAAAGAAUGCGAUGAAAGAGAACAAAGAAGAUAAAGUUUUACAGAAGGUUCUGCAUAAUCGUCAGCUAGGGUUAAAGCUGAUCGCUAACGUUACUUACGGUUACACUGCUGCUAACUUUAGCGGAAGAAUGCCUGCCGUAGAAUUAGGAGACAGUGUAGUCAGUAAAGGUAGAGAGACAUUACAACGAGCAAUAGAGAUGGUGGAAAGCACUACCGAAUGGGGUGCGCGAGUUGUUUAUGGGGAUACUGAUUCUUUGUUCGUUAUGGUACCCGGAAGGACGAAGGAGCACGCUUUUGAAAUUGGAAAAAAGAUCGCAGAUGCUGUCACUAACGACAAUCCAGAUCCAAUAAAACUAAAGCUGGAAAAAGUAUACCAGCCUUGCAUAUUGCAAACAAAGAAACGCUAUGUUGGUUAUAUGUAUGAAAGUCCUGACCAGAAAGAACCUGAGUAUCAAGCGAAAGGCAUUGAAACAGUUAGACGAGACGGUUGUCCUGCUGUUAGUAAGAUGUUAGAAAAAUGCUUAAGAAUUCUUUUCGAAACCAAAGACGUCAGCUUGGUGAAAAAAUACGUAUUAAAACAGUUUAACAAAAUAAUUGCUGGUAGAGUGAGUAUACAGGAUUUAACGUUUGCCAAAGAAUAUAGAGGAGCUGCCGGAUAUCGGCCUGGAGCUUGCGUUCCGGCUUUAGAACUAACUAGAAAAUGGACUGCUGUAGAUAGGAGGAAUGAACCAAGAAGUGGUGAGCGUGUUCCUUACAUAAUAAUCAACGGACCUCCAGGACUACCUUUAAUACGUUUAGUGCGAAGCCCUAGAGAUCUAAUCAACGAUAUUUCUUUGAAACCUAAUGCGCAGUAUUAUAUUACAAGGGUUAUAAUACCAGCUAUUAAUAGAUGUUUUAACUUGCUUGGUGUCGACCUUAACAUUUGGUUUAAUCAAAUGCCGAGGAAAAAGACUCAGUAUUUACCUGGUUCUACUACACCAAAGAAGAAAAGUACUAUAUCUCAAUAUUUUUCUACGUCUAACUGUGUUUCCUGUGAAGAACAGACUCAAACUGGUAUAUGUGAGCAGUGUCAGGCUCGACCGCAAACUACAAUGGUCACUCUUAUGGAAAAGAUGAGAAAUUGGGAAAGGAACUCCCAAAAUAUUCUAAUGGUUUGCCAAAGUUGCAUAUCAUCCCCAACUGAAGUUAAGUGCAUAUCGUUAGAUUGUCCUGUUUAUUACAGAAGAAUUCAAACCAGUAGAGAUGAACAGCAAACGACUUAUAUACGACAAUUAUUAAGUUCUAUUGAAUUUUGAUCAAUAAUAAUUUAGCAAAUUUAGAUAUACAAUUUUAGGGACAAUUCUGCGAAAAAUGUUUAAAACUAUUUUUUGUUUAAAGUGAGAUAACUUUUCCUUUCCUUUUCCUUUCCUUCCUAAGAAUAAAGAUAAUAUUUCCUUUU